GCCGGGCCGGCGCCCGCGGGAGGAGCCGCGGCCGAGGCCGACGGCAGCGCCGAGGGCGCCAAGGCCGCCCAGGGCGCCAAGGCCUCCGAGGGCGCCAAGGCCAGCGGCGGCGGCGGCGACAAGGGCGCCGCCGCGGAGCGGGACUUCGAGGCGGCGCCGCUGAAGGCGAAGGCCAAGGAGGGCGAGGACAACCCGCUCGACGUCAUCCUCGACGCCGCCGGGCGCUCGGAUGCCCUGGUGAAGCGGGGCGAGAGGACCUUCGCAGAGGCGCAGGCCCAGCUCCAGCGCCUCGCGGACCUGCGCGCGUCGCGGGGCACGCGAGCCGCGGCGAGGCGCACGGAGGAGCUGCUGCACGGCGUGCGGCAGGCCCAGCUCUCGCUGGCGCGCGUGGGGCGCGACUGGAGCACGCUGCACGCCGCCAGGUCCAUCCCCGGGGCUACCGGCGACGCCGUCGCCGCGGCCGCUGUGCAGCUGAUGCGGGAGCACGCCGAGGACGCCUCCAAGCAGGUCGAGCACAUGAUGCAGGGCGCGAGGGUGACGGUCGAGCACCUCAAGCCGCUGGCCGAGGGAGCCAGAGCCGGCGCGCUGGCCCCCUCGCUGCUGGACACGGCGGACGCCCCGGAGUUGCAGCUCCCGGGCGCCCCGGAGCAGGCGCCCGAGGUGGACGUGCCCACCGCGUCAGGCUGCACGUGCGCGCCGUCGUCGAAGUGCGCCUCGCGCGGGCGGCAGUUCACCUGGUGCGUCACCUCGGACACGAAGAAGUGCCCGCUGCGUGCGGACCCCGGCGAGCGAGACGCCGGCGGGGCGGACCACCGCGUGGCGGGCGCCGGGCGCCGCGGCCUAAGCGCGGACUGCCGGCCGCCCUCGUCGAUCCCGGAGGCGCCGCGGGCCGCGCACGCAGGCGCCCACUGCGCGGACCGGGACGACCUCUUCGAGAGGUAUCCCGAAAGGACCCCCAGUACCGCAGGAAGGACUGGUCCUUCGACUGGUCGCGGGUGCCCUGGAAGGACCGGCUGGCGCUGGAGGCGAUGGCGAUGCACCGCGGCGCAGCCAAGGACUCGCCGCCGCGGAGCAGCUGGCAGGCGAGCACCCCGAGGACGUCGGCCACCCGCUGUGCACCCGCACACCCUCCAGCGGCGCCGCGCACGUGUGCCCAAUCGACAUGGACGAGCACGAGCGCGACGAGGGCGACGCGUCCGGCGGCGCAGAGCUGCCGUCGUCCUGGGCCUUCACGCGGAGCUGGGACUUCUGCACCCCGCCGCCGCCCCCCGGCGCCCACCCGCCGCCCGGCCACGCCGAGGGCGCAGGCGCCGUGGAGGACGCGGCCGUUGCGGGCGCGGCGGCGGCUGCCGGCAAGGCCAAGGAGGCGCUAGCGGCGGCGGCCAAGGACAGGGCGGCUGCGGCGAACGGAGGCCCCAAGUGCUGCAAGUGCUUCAGCGGCUCUUUUGCCUUCUCGGCCAGCGGCGGGUGCAGGGCCUGCGGCGGGCAGGUCGAGGAGGAAACCCCGGCUCCCCCCGGAUGCAGCCCGAAGGACUGCCAGCGUUGCCGCCGGGCUGUGUACUGGAGGUCAGCACCUCGGGUGUGCUGGUCUGGAUGGAGAGCAGGGCCGCCAGCAUC